AUGGGAAACGCAUUGGCAGGCCAGUUUGAAGUACAAGAACAAAUUGGCAGCUCAGAUAGGGACCGACUGUGGUUGAUUCGAAAAGCAAUAUCCAAAAACAACGGAAAGCCCUGUGCAGUCUGGGCUUUUGAUAGAUCGGAUGCUGAAAAACGGAAUCCAUUGGCUCGACAGUCCAAUGUCAAAAACGAAAUGGCAAUUAUAUCUAAUCUAUUUAAACGAGAGGUUCAACUUUUGACAAAACUUCGGCAUCCCUCCAUCGUCCAAGUUCAAGAAUCUCUGCAGGAACUUCGCACUCUCUUUGCUUUUGCUACAGAGCCCCUUAUUGACACAUUGUCCAAUGUUUUGGUGUUUUCAUCAUCGGCUCGAUCUGGUGAACAACAAUCGCUUCAAUCCGGCUAUGAAUUAGAUUCAUUAGAGAUCCAAAAAGGUCUUCGGCAGAUAGCAAACGGACUUCAAUUUUUACACUCGGCCGGAAUCAUUCAUAUGAAUUUGUGUCCAGAUGCAAUCGUGAUCAAUCCAAUGGGAGAUUGGAAGAUAUCCGGGUUUCAGUUUGCUGUAACAAUACCUAGCGGUAGUAUUCCAUCUCAAGAAACAACAAUUGAAAGUGCAUUCAAUCCUGCCCAGCAGCCAAAUUGCUGUACUCCUGACCUGGCGUUUAUAGCACCCGAAAUUGUUUUAAAUGGGCAAUGUAGUUCAGCAUCUGAUGUAUGGUCACUUGGCAUACUCAUUCACGCACUUUUCAACAAUGGACGUCCACUGUUUGAAUGCAAUGGAAAUUCAUUCACAUAUAGGGAGCGUGCAAACGAAAUGUUGAUGAUAGGUGCACUACAGCUUCGAAAUGUUUCUGCCGACUUGGAGGGUAUCACUAUAUCGAUGCUUCCUAUGAAUCCACAAUCUCGCAUUACUCUGGAACAAUUUCAAAAUUCCCACUACUUUGAAAACGUACUCAUGAGCACUCUCGAGAAACCCGAGUUAGAAAAGGCUAAAUUUUUAAAGGCUCUUCCUGGGAUACUGCCACGUUUUCCAGAAAAAAUUGUUACUCGCAAGAUACUUUCAUUGCUAUUGAACGAGCUUAAAUCGAUUGGAAUUGCACCAUUUGUUUUACCUAGCAUAUUUUGGAUUUUGGAACGUGCUUCUGGAGAUGCACUGACAAUCACUCUGCAUGCUCUGAAGCCGCUGUUUCAAGUCACAGAUCCACCCCAGUGUUCUUUGCUACUUUUGUCAAAAGUCGAGCUUCUUUUGUCCAAGCUAUCAAAAGAUGCUGUUCCAGAGAUUAUACAGUUUGUUUUACGAUCUAUGGAAUCGCAGCACCUGGGAACUCAAGACGCAGCUGUCAAGUCAGUAUUACACAUUUUAUCAAAAACUGAUAUGAAUUGUGUUCGGAAUAUCGUCUUGCCGAAACUAGAAACAACUUUUCAGAAAACCACAGCCAUUUCGACCAAAGUCAAUUGCUUGAUUGCGGUACAUGCCAUGGUCAAGAUUCUUGACAAGCUGGAUAUCAUUGACCGUGUGCUGCCUAUGCUUGAGCGUAACCGAUCCGAGGAUGUUGGGAUCACAAUGGCCAUGUUGGUUGUGUAUGAAGGUGUAUCUACAAAAGUAGAUUGUAAAUCAAUUGCUCUUUUUCUUAUUCCGUCGCUUUGGCGAAACUCUACACAGAAAGGUCUUAAUAAUCAACAGUUUAUGAGGUUUAUGACGCUAAUUGACAGACUGUCAUUACGUGUUAAAGAGGAGAUGCUCAAGAUAAUAGAGGCAGAGUCUGUUUCAGCACAAACACCCAAAUUGGAUAAAAUGAUAAGCCAAGGAAGCAGCCAUGUGCCGGGAUCGUUGAAUCCCGGAGCUUCUUUAGCAUCCACAGCAUUACAGUUGAAUUCAGCGCCUCGUCCCAAUGCAUCAGCAUCUGCUAUGACAAAUCAAGGAUGGAAUUCGAUGGAUUGGUCCGUCCCGACAGCAUCUACACCGUAUUCUACACAAGCAUCACAACGAACCAUAAAUAAUAAUGGAUUACGUAGUAACACUACUUCUGUGCUAGCAUCCAACGCACAGUCUUCUCAACGACGAAACAUUGUAAACGAGUUUGAUCCAUUGAAAGGUAAAUAAACACUAGCUAUAAAACCAA